UUGGCUCGUUCGCACGCUCGCGGUGCUGGGCGUGGCUGGCAUGUAAGCGGCCGGACGGUCUGCGCCGCUGUCGCGACGUCGGUCGGCCGGCAGCGGCUGGCGCGCCUCGCCCGUGAGUUGCGGCAGCUCCGCUCUUCCCUCUGCCUGUCGCCUCGCGCGGGCGCUUCCCCUUCCCCCCGCCGGCGACGAUGCUGGACCGCGAGCGCGGCUGGAGCGUCUCGUUCGCUGGCUGCGGCUUCCUGGGCGUCUACCAUAUCGGCGCGGCCACUUGCCUGCAGGAGCACGCCCCGCACAUCAUCCGCGAUGCCCGGCACAUCUACGGGGCCUCAGCCGGGGCGCUGGCCGGCGCCGUGCUCGUCGGCGGCGGCUCUUUGGCCAAAGCUUGUGCAGAUGUUCUGGCAUUAGCUAAAGAAGCUAGAAAGAGAAAUCUUGGUCCCCUUCAUCCUUCCUUUAAUAUGAUAAAGAUAAUAAGAGAUGGACUAAUGAGUAAUCUUCCAGAAAACACUCAUCAGUUAUCAUCAGGCCGGCUGUGUAUUUCACUAACCAGAGUGUCAGAUGGUAAAAACGCAUUAAUAUCUAAUUUUAAUUCUAAAGAAGAAGUUGUCCAGGCUUUAAUCUGUAGCUCAUUUGUUCCUAUUUAUUGUGGCCUAAUUCCACCAUCAUUUAGAGGUGUGCGCUAUGUGGAUGGAGGAAUCAGUGACAACCUACCUCACUAUGAGUCUAAGAAUACCAUCACAGUUUCACCUUUUGCUGGGGAGUGUGAUAUCUGUCCAAAAGGGAACUCUGCAAACUUCCAUGAAAUGAAUGUGACCAACACCAGCAUUCAGCUUAGUUUGGGGAACCUGUAUCGUUUAACACAAGCACUCUUUCCGCCAGAACCUAAGGUACUAGGAGAGAUCUGUGAGCAAGGAUACUCAGAUGCUCUUAAAUUCUUAAGAGAGAAUGGUCUUUUGAGAGACUCAAUUUUUCUCACCUUGUCCUUCACAAAAAGAAGUCCUCAGGAGGCUGUGCAGUGCAUUGACCAUAUGAACAAGAAAACUAUGUCAGAAAAUAAUGGAGCAGAAACUUUGAAAGCUGAAGUACUUAAUAACCAGCUGAAGCAAAAUCCAUGGCCUUUAGACAAGAGCAUAUUUGAGAGUCUUCCACCCAGACUUCGUAAAGCAUUGCAAGAAGCUUGUAAAGAACAGAGUGGGUUUUAUGCUCAGUUCUCUAAACUCUUCCCAAUGCGAGUGAUGUCCUAUCUGAUGCUGCCAUAUACGCUACCAGUGGAGUCUGCUUAUUCUGUUGUCUUACGGUUAGUAAACUGGUUUCCUGACAUUCCUGAUGACGUUCGAUGGAUGCAAGAACAGCUUUGUCAGAUUGCUGGUACAGUUUAUUCCAGGGCUAAAAGCAAGCUGUUCUGUGCAUUCAGGAAGGACAACUAUGCAUCACUAAGAAAAUGUCGAACUGUCCCUUCUACUGUCGAAUUUCAUUCUUCAUACUGUCAUCUUAAAAUGCCUCAUUCUUCUGCAGACCUUGAAACCUGGCUCUGGGACUCUUCAAACUUCAUGCACUCAACCAUGAAACAUGCUUCUGUUAACAUAAAGCAGCAUUCAGGCUUGGAUUCCUAUCCUACUUUUCUCCCAAAUUCUGAUGAAUCUGGGUGGGAAAUAGAUUUUGACUCUUCCUCAGAGAAUAGUUUCCAAACUGUUCCAUAAUAUUAGUUUGGAAUUAAUUUCCACAGCUUUCAAAAUUCCAAUUUGGCAGAGAGAUUCAAAUCCUAAAGGAUUAAAGCUCACUUUGUUUAUUGCCAAUAAGUCUAGGAAAACUCUUUGUUUACAGCUUCAUGGCAAAUCUGCCUUUGGAAUUCUACUGUUCUAAGGAUUAUAAAAACUGUGGUUACUAUACUAAGUAACAGACUACACUUUUCUUCAAUCACCAGCACAAUGAACUGUAGUAACAGUGUCUCUCUGGAAAUAAAUCCACUUUCAGCAUAAAAACUCUGUAAACAGCUUGUUAGACAAACAUUGAUAGCAAAGAGCAUUUUGAAAGUAUAAUUCUUAAUAUUGUGUUAUUAUUUUUAUGGCACUUAAAUGAAAUUGGACUUGUACUUCAUAAAGGGAACUAUACAAAAGAGCUUUGUAAUGGCCUCCAGUGUCUUUGCCUUAUGUUUAAACAUAUUGCUGCAUUUAUGGAAAAGUUGCCUGCAUGAGAUACUGUAGGAACAGUAUUACUCCAGGUUAUUCUGUAUACUUCCCAGUUCUUCUGUGGCUCCUUCUCUACUCAGAUACUUCCAGGGAAAAGAUUGUAAGAACUGGGACAGAUUCACCUGAAGUGUAAACAGGUGCAGCUUCAGUGAUUUCAAAGGACUUUUGUAUACUUAACAAGGGCCUAAUUCUUGAGUAAGUUUUGAAAAGUAGGUAAAAUAGUGGCUGUGAUUAGCGAGCAGUAAUUUGAGAAGGUGUCGAGCUUAAUGGCAUAUGUUAAUACAUUAGUGUAUUGCAAGUGGUGAAUGGCAUUUUGGUCCUCCUGCUAAUUGUUGCUCAUUGUUGAUAACUUUCCCUCCAACUUCAGGGCUUUUCUCCCCUUCCUUCACUUCCCAUUGCUUAAAGAGGAAGAAGGGUCCCAUCUGUCUCAGUAAUAUAGGAUAGCCCAAAGAAAGCUUUACAAUACUGACUGUCAGAAUCAAACAUGUAAGGUUUAAAUUGGAAACAGUAAUAUCCAGACCUGUGUAGAGAUCUCAAAUCAUGGUUGAAAAUCAGCCAAAUCAUGUCUAUAUUGAGUCAUGAGGAUUUUAAACACUUUAUCUUAGAGAGUAUUGUGUUGUUUUAAUAAGGACAAUGCAUUAGUCUAUGAAUACACUGGAAAAAGUAAAUAACUGAAGAUUAACUGUUGUCUUAAUGUCUUGUUAUGAUGUCUUUGACAUGUACAAUUUUUUAAAAAAGUAGAAGAAAAGUACUAUGGCUUUAACAUCAGUUUAUGUAUGUGUGUGGGGGUGUGUGGCAUUUGAAGGCUUUUCCUGAAGGAAUAGGAAUUUGGUGCAGCUCAGCUACAGUCCACAGAAGAGUCUUUAAAUGUGAUAUGUGCUUAUUGAGAGUAUCUUGUAAAAGGAAAAGUGAUUGGAUAUGUGAUGCUCAGGAGAGGGAAGAGAAGGAAUUGUUUUUUUUCCCAGAGCAGAAUGGUAACCUUGAAUAUCUAGAAGUCUUUCAGAUAGCAGAACCUAUCUUUUCUAAUUGGACCAACCUUUAAGCAGUUCCUCAGCUGUGAUUUCCCUAAUCUUGAAGUGCUGAAUUUUACAACACUAACAAGCUUUUAAAAUGUUGGGGGGUGUUGGAGAAGGUGUCAGGUUAUCAAUUUUUAUAUUAUGGACUGGUGCUAUUUAACUCUCGCUUUUGUUUGUUUGUUGUUUUAUGUGUGUGUCUUCAAAUUUGCACAAAAAGUUGGAAAUGUUACUGUACCUACAAUUAAAACACACAAGAUCUGGUUUAAAUUGUCUUUAUUUAUAACUUUAAACUUUCUGUGAUCUUACUUUACCAUGUUCUGUUGAAUGUUAGUUUUACAAAUAUCUUUUAGAAUUUAAGCAUGAAUGCCAGGCUAUGUUUCCUUUCUGUGUACUGGAAUAGUUCUGUUAACUACAUCUGAAUCAACUUGAACCGCUUCUUCCGUUCUGCACAACAACCAUUUGUCAUAUUAAAACAGAAUAAAAAGA